GCCACCGCCACAACCAUCUUCUCCGCUGUCCUCUUCUGUCCUCGCCUUCUGUCGAUUAUCAGGCUUUGAACCAGUAUGGCUGAACCCCGCCAGGAGUUUGACACAAUGGAAGACCAUGCCGGAGAUUACACUGUGCUCCAAGACCAAGAAGGAGACAUAGACCAUGGCUUAAAAGAACCUACCCCACAGCACCCCGCCGAUGAUGGAUCGGAGGAACCGGGGUCGGAGACCUCCGAUGCUAAGAGCACUCCAACUGCUGAAGACGUGACUGCGCCCCUAGUGGAUGAGAGAGCUCCCGACAAGCAGGCCGCUGCUCAGCCCCACACGGAGAUCCCAGAAGGAACCACAGCUGAAGAAGCAGGCAUCGGAGACACCCCGAACCUGGAGGACCAAGCCGCUGGGCACGUGACUCAAGAACCGGAGAAGGUCAAGAUUUUCUCACAAAGUUUGCUUGUCGAACCAGGGCAUCGUGAAGGCCAGGCCCCAGAUUCAGGGAUCUCAGACUGGACCCGCCAACAGGUGCCUAGCAUGUCUGGGGCUCCCCUCCUGCCACAAGGCCUCAGAGAGGCUACAUGCCAACCUUCAGGAACAAGACCUGAGGACGUAGAGAAAAGCCACCCAGCCUCUGAGCUGCUGCAGCAAGGGCCGCCUCAGAAGGAAGGCUGGGGCCAAGACAGGCUGGGGAGUGAGGAAGACGUGGAUGAAGAUACCACCGUGGAUGAAUCACCCCAGGACUCCCCUCCCUCCCAGGACUCCCCUCCCUCCCAGGCCUCCCUGACCCCUGGCAGGGCAGCCCCUCAGGCCGGCUCCGUCUCUGUCUCCCGGGAGACCACUAGUAUGUCUGGGUUCCCAGCUGAGGGUUCCAUCCCACUUCCUGCUGAUUUCCUCUCCAAAGUCUCCUCAGAAACCCAGGCCACGCAGCCGGAAGGGCCUGGCAUGGGGCCCAUGGAUGAAGGGCAUGAGGCUGCUCCUGAGUUCACGUUCCACGUGGAAAUCAAAGCCAGCACGCCGAAGGAACAGGAUUUGGAAGGGGCUACAGUGGUGGGGGCCCCUGGAGAGGAGCAAAAGGCCCAGGGCCCCUCUGUGGGAAAGGGCACCAAAGAGGCUAGCCUUCUGGAACCACCUGACAAGCAACCUGCAGCCAGCCUGCCAGGAAGGCCAGUCAGUCGGGUUCCUCAACUUAAAGCUCGAGUGGCCAGUGUAAGCAAAGACAGGACUGGAAACGAUGAGAAGAAAGCCAAGACAUCCACACCUUCCUGUGCUAAAACCCCGAGCAAUAGGCCCUGCCUUAGCCCCACACGCCCCACUCCUGGUAGCUCAGACCCUUUGAUCAAACCCUCCAGCCCUGCCGUGUGCCCUGAGCCAGCCACCUCUCCUAAACACGUCUCUUCUGUCACACCCCGAAAUGGCAGUCCUGGAACAAAGCAGAUGAAACUCAAGGGCGCUGAUGGCAAAACGGGGGCGAAGACGGCCACACCUCGGGGAGCAGCCACUCCAGGCCAGAAAGGUACUUCCAACGCCACCAGGAUCCCAGCCAAGACCACGCCCAGCCCAAAGACUCCUCCCGGGUCAGGUGAACCACCAAAAUCUGGAGAACGAAGCGGCUACAGCAGCCCCGGCUCUCCUGGAACCCCCGGCAGUCGCUCCCGCACCCCAUCCCUACCAACGCCGCCCACCCGAGAGCCCAAGAAGGUGGCAGUGGUCCGCACUCCGCCUAAGUCACCGUCUGCCAGUAAGAGCCGCCUGCAGACUGCCCCUGUGCCCAUGCCAGACCUAAAGAAUGUCAGGUCCAAGAUUGGCUCCACUGAGAACCUGAAGCACCAGCCCGGAGGCGGCAAGGUGCAGAUAAUUAAUAAGAAGCUGGAUCUUAGCAACGUCCAGUCCAAGUGUGGCUCGAAGGACAAUAUCAAACACGUCCCGGGCGGAGGCAGUGUGCAAAUAGUCUACAAGCCAGUGGACCUGAGCAAGGUGACCUCCAAGUGUGGCUCACUAGGGAACAUUCAUCACAAGCCAGGAGGUGGCCAGGUGGAAGUAAAAUCAGAGAAGCUGGACUUCAAGGACAGAGUCCAGUCGAAGAUUGGCUCCUUGGAUAAUAUCACCCACGUCCCUGGAGGAGGGAAUAAGAAGAUUGAAACCCACAAGCUGACCUUCAGGGAGAAUGCCAAAGCCAAGACAGACCACGGAGCAGAAAUCGUGUACAAGUCACCUGUGGUGUCUGGGGACACAUCUCCACGGCACCUCAGCAAUGUGUCCUCCACAGGCAGCAUUGACCUGGCGGACUCACCACAGCUUGCCACACUAGCCGAUGAAGUGUCUGCUUCCUUGGCCAAGCAGGGUUUGUGAUCAGGCCCCUGGGGCAGUCAAUAAUCAUGGAGAGAAGAGAGAUCGUGAGAGUGUGGAAAAAAAAAAAAAAAAGAAUGAUCUGGCCCCUCGCCCUCUGCCCUCCCCGCUGCUCCUCAUAGACGGGCUAACUGGCUUGUCACCUAACCUGCUUUUGUGGCUCGGCUUUGGCUCGGGACUUCAAAAUCAGUGAUGGUAAAAAAGUAAAUUUCAUCUUUCCAAAUUGAUUUGUGGGCUAGUAAUAAAAUAUUUUUAAGGAAAAAAAAAUGUAAAGACAUGGCCAAAAACCCCCAACAUUUCCUUGGGCAAUUGCUAAUUGAUUUCCUCCCCCCCCCACCCUACCCUCCCUCCCUGUGUAUUAGAGGGUGAAGGAGGCUCUGGAGACUGCUUCUGGGGAGCGGCUGAGGGACUAGGGCAACUAAUUGCCCACAGCCCCAUCCUAGGGGCGUCAGGGACAGUGGCAGCAAUGAAAGAUUUGAGACUUUGGUGUGCUCGUGGAGCCUUAGGCAGGUGGUGUGAACUUUGUGUGGGUGUGAGUGAGGACUGAACAGCAAAGGCUGAGAGAUGGGUGGCCUAGGAGAGUCAGGGGAGAGAGGUGAGAAAGACAGGUUGGAGGAGGGGACAUUGGCUCCUUGUCAAGUAGCUCGGGAAGCAAAGAUAGCCCCAGCUGCCUGCAGCAGUCUUGGCUUGCACAAAUGCUUGCUUGAUAAAGCACUGUGGGGUACAGUGGGUGGGUGGGUGUGCCCCUUCUGAAGGGGCAGUGGGCAGAAGGAAGGCCAGCCAGAAGGUGGCACCUUAUAGAUUGGUUCUCUGAAGGCUGAUCUUGACAUCCCAGGGCACUGGCUUCUUCCUCCCUCCCUGCAGGGUGGGGGGUCCUGAGCUGAGGAGCUUCCUUCCCUUUGCUCACACAGGAAAACCUGCUUUACUGAGUUCUGAAGUUUGGAACUACAGCCAUGAUUUUGGCCACCAUACAGACCUGGGACUUCAGGGCUAACCAGUUCUUUGUAAGGACUUGUGCCUCUUGGGGGACAUCUGCCUGUUCUCAAGCCUGGUCCUCUGGCAUUUCUGCAGUGUGAGGGAUGGGGGUGAUAUUCUGGGAUAUGGGUCCCAGGCCUUCCAUUCCUCACACAGCCACUGUUUCCCUUCUACCUGUCCUAUCAUGCCUACGUCCACCAUGAGAGCCAGUCACUGCCAUCCCAUACAUCAUGUCUCACUGUCCUGAGUGCUCAGCCUCCUCCAGCUCCAUCCCUGGCCCCUGGGUAGAGAUAGGCAAUACCUGCUCUACACUAGGGGUUGGGGUCCAGGGAAGGCAAAGAUUUGGGCCUCAGUCUAUAGUCCUACGUUCCACGAAUCCAACCAGUGUGCCUCCCACAAGGAACCUUACAGUCCUGUUUUGCUCGCUCCAUCACUUCCCAUCCUGGAUGGAAGCCAGGAUGUGCCUGGAUGACCCUGGGCACCUCUGCUUUUUUUUUACUUUAGUGGUUGCCUCCUAGGCCUGACUCCUUCUUGUGUUGAACUGGAGGCAGCCAAGUCAGGUACCAAUGUCCUGGCAUCAGUAUGAACAGUGAAGAGUCCCAGGGCAGGGCCACACUUCUCCCAUCGUCUGCUUCCACCCCAGGUUGUGAUUGCUAGCCUCCCAGAGCUCAGCCACCAUUAAGUCCCCAUGCACGUACUCAGUCUCCAUACCCCAGUUUGGGGAACAUACCCCUUGAUUGAAAUGUUUUUCCUCUGGCCCCAUGGAAACGGUGCUGCCUGCCCUGCUCCAGCAGCCAGCCAUCUCCGUAGAUGCAGCCCUUUCUUUCCUGUCUGCACCCUGUAGUUGGAUUUGUCUGUUUGUCUGGGUUCACCAGAGUGACUAUGAUAGUGAAAGAAAAGAAAGAAAAAGAAAAAAAAAAAAA